CGCAGCCCUAGUUUGAGAGGGAAAAUGUUUCGUUUGCGCUCCAAGUCUUACACCGGAAUCGCUUUUAAUACCUUCCUUUUCACUGUGCCAUUGGAACACACUCAACUUAAAAUACAUUAUAGUAAAAACUGGUCGUGUAUCGGUUGAUUUUAGUUGCGGAAAUACGCGUUUAAUCAAGAUGCCACGAGGCAACAAAAGGAGCGGCAGAGCGGGACAACAGGGAAAUGUCCAGUCAUUUAGUGAUGAAGAUGCAUCCAUCGAGACCCUCAGUCACUGCAGCAGCCUCAGUGACCGAACCAGUGUGGCAGAGGAAGCUGGUGAAAUUGAAGAAACUGCUGAAGAGGACUUCCAGUAUAAACUGAAGGCGUACAUUGACAGCACUGUGGAUAAAAGUGCCAAGACCAGGCAAGGUGCCCUUGAUGGACUAAAGACUGCCAUGGCAACCAAAAUACUGUACGAGUUUAUUUCCGAGAGAAGGAUGACCAUCACAGAUGGCAUCGAGCGCUGCUUAAAAAAAGGUAAGGGGGUGGAACAAUGUGCUGCAGCCUCACUGGCAUGUCUCCUGUGCAUCCAGCUGGGUUCUGGAAUUGAGAGCGAAGAGGUUUUUAAGACCCUUAAACCUGUAUUUAAGACCAUUCUCAAUGAUGGAGCAGCUAACAUUCAGGCCAGACAAGCUUGUGCAACAAGUUUAGGCCUCUGCACUCUUGUGGCAGAAGAUGAUAUCAUGGAUGUAUCAGCCACUAUGGAGUGCUUUGAGAGCCUCUUUACCCAUUCAUACAUCAGGGAGGAUGGAAGCAGACAUUCUGUAAGCCCUCAAACCACCCAGCUCCACACCAAUUCUCUCUUGUCCUGGGCACUGUUGCUUACCAUCUGCACCGGCAGCCACAUCAGAGCCAUGGCACAAAAACAUCUGGCAAAAUUGCUGCAACUGCUGGAGAAUGAUGAUGUUAACAUGAGGAUUGCGGCUGGAGAGACCAUUGCCCUUCUGUUUGAGCUUAUCAGAGAUGUUGACCCGGAGUUUGAAUAUGAUGACUGGGAGCCAUUGUGUAAGAAGCUGAGCAAUUUGGCCACUGACUGCAAUAAACACCGAGCUAAGAGCGAUAAGAGGAAGCAAAGAUCUGUUUUCAGAGAUGUCCUCAAAGCAGUAGAGGAAGGAGAUUUUCAAUCUGAGACCAUCCGGUUUGGCACAGAGCGAAUGGUCAUUGACAGCUGGGUGAGGAAGAGGACUUACGAUGCGUUCAGAGAGUUUGUUGGCACUGGGAUGAACUACCACUUACAGGCAAACGAGUUCAUAAGGGACGUGUUUGAACUGGGACAGCCAAUGUUGAUUGAUUCUGCUGCUCUGAAAGCAAUGAAGAGUUCCAGACUGGAGAGGCACCUCUACAAUGCAGCUGCGUUCAAAGCUAGAACCAAGGCCAGGAACAAGUUUCGGGACAAAAGGAUUGACGUUGGCGAGUUCUAGGAAGUUUUUGUAAUUUAACUUCAUUUUCUUGCUCAUACACCUUUUUAUUAUUUGCAUUCCUAGCUGAAAAGUUACUAGUCUGAGUUUGUGAUUUAAAAUAUAAUAUUUGCCAACUGUGAACUCACUAAUCCUACCAACACUCUAAUUUAUGUCUAUAUUUAAGUGGUAUUGGGUUUACUAGAAUUUUGUUUUUGCCUGUGUACUUGUGGGUCUUAUGAAUUUCAUAGUAUAUUUAUGAAUCUUGUGUAUGUUAAAGUAUGGACUGUACUGUAGUGACAAGGCUGUACAUUUAAAAAUAAUAAAUAAAAUUAGAUUAAGUUGAUGU